AUGCUGUACUCUCUGGCGGGUGGCGGCACCCUCUGUGGUGUGGCUGCCCUGGUGCUCCUCAUCGUCUCCACGGCGACCGACUUCUGGAUGCAGUACCGUUACUCGGGCAACGCGGCCAGCCAGGGACUCUGGAGGUUCUGCAUCAACAACAAGUGCCAUGCGCACACGCUCACCGUGGCGUUCUGGGAUGCCACGCGUGCCUUCAUGCUGCUGGCGGUGCUCACCUGCUUCGCGGGCGUCGUCCUGGGACUCAGCGCCUUCGCCAACGGAGCCAAAAGCCGGAGGGUCCGCACUGGGGGCAUAGCCCUGCUGCUGUCAGGUUUCCUUGCUCUGCUGGCUCUGGCGAUCUACACGGGGGUGACGGUGCGCUUCUUUGGCAAGCGCUACAUCGACUGGCGCUUCUCCUGGUCCUACAUCCUGGGCUGGCUGGGGAUCCUUCUCGCCUUUGCAGCUGGUAUUUUUCAGCUCUGUGCUUAUCAGAGGAAAACAAAUGAGCCUCCACCUGACCUUUCGGACAGCUGAGCCACACACACACACACACACACACGCACACACACACACACACGCACAGGUGCCCUGAGCUGAUAAAAGAAGAUCUUCAACCAACUCAAGACUAGCACCAUGUAGCAGGGUUUUGUGGACUGGAAAUAAGCAAAUAUUUCCUAAAAGCAUUAAAAAAAUGUGUUUUGGAAACUUGUGCCUCUUACAUAUAUGUAAUGU